AUACUUUACAAAGUAGAAACCACGAUAGUGUCAGUUUUUUACCUUGUAACAUACUUUGUUGUGUUAUUUUGUCUCUUCUGGCCCCCAGGACCUGGACUCUGUGUGGAACCCCUGAGUACUUGGCUCCUGAAGUGAUCCAAAGCAAAGGCCACGGCCGGGCUGUGGACUGGUGGGCUCUGGGCAUCCUCGUCUUUGAGAUGCUGGCUGGGUAUCCACCUUUCUUUGAUGACAAUCCAUUUGGAAUCUACCAGAAGAUUCUGUCUGGAAAACUGGAAUUCCCACGCCAUCUGGAUUUCUACGUGAAAGACCUCAUCAAGAAAUUUCUGGUCAUUGACCGAGCCAGACGGCUAGGCAACAUGAAGAAUGGAGCGGAUGAUGUGAAAAAACACAGAUGGUUCAAGACUGUGGACUGGGAAGCUGUUCCUCUGAGGAAACUGAAGCCUCCAAUAGUUCCUAAAGUGUCUCAUGAGGGCGAUACAUCCAACUUUGACAUGUAUCCGGAUGACGACUGGAAGAAAGACCCCCCUGUGCCUCCGAAGGACCUGGAGAUCUUCAAAAACUUCUAAGGACGACUGAUAGAUGGACGUAUUGAGUUCUAAAGCUGCUGCUCCUGCUACUAUCAUGGAAAUUUCAUCACUUUAUCAAAAGCAGGGGAGUCCCAUCUUUUCCCUUAACACUGAACCCUAAAAUAAGAACUGCAGAUGACAAAUGCCGUGACGUAUGAAACCACUCAAAUUUAUAGUUUUUUCCAUUUUUAUUUAUCUGAAUUCAGUCACAUCGUUACUGUUUGAACCUUUUUUUUAUAUAU